ACUACAGGCAAAGAUGCAGGGUUAACGGAAGGAAGACAGACAGUUCCACACACAGGCUCUCUGACCGAGUAGUCUACUCUGUAGAUCAUCCAGGAUAUCAGCCUUCUGGAAAGUUCCUUGUGUGGUGGUUUGUUACCUGGAGAGGUGAAGAAGGCAAUAGAAGAAAGAGAAAAGUCAGGGGUCUGGAGCAAAUUUGUGGGCGGUUGAGGCCGUGAGGAUGCUGGACUACGAGGAGAGGACGGCGUUCCUUGGCGAGUGGGGAACCUUCCAGAAGAUGGUCUUCUUCCUCCUCAGCCUCAGCAGCAUACCCAACGGCUACGUUGGCAUGGCGAUGGUGUUCCUCGCGGACAUCCCCUCCUACCGCUGCCGGGUCCCAGGGCUGAACAGCAGCAGCUUCAACCUGGACCUCAACCUGUCGUUCCCCCUGGAGGAGGUGAGGGGGGAGGUGGUCCUCAGUCGCUGCCUGAGGUACAGAGACCCUCCGGGUCCCAAUGGCGACGAGACCGAGGGAUGUCUGGACGGCUGGGAGUUCAGUACAGAGAGAUACACCUCCACCAUCGUGACUGAGUGGGACCUGGUGUGUGACGAUGACUGGAAGGCUCCCUUCACCGUCACCAUUUUCUUUGUAGGUGUUCUCUGCGGUUCCUUCCUGUCAGGGAUUGUCUCAGACAGGUUCGGGCGCAGGUUGGUCCUCUUUGGCACCUUGGCAAUGCAGACAGUGUUCACUCUCCUCCAAGCAGCCUCUACCAGCUGGGAAAUGUUCUGCUUUUUCUACUUCAUUGUGGGGGUGAGCGAGACAACCAACUACAGUGCUGCCUUCAUACUGGGCUCUGAGCUCCUAACUAAAUCAGUCCGCGUCAACUUUGGUGCCCUGGGGGUAAGUUUCAGCUAUGCCUUGGGCUACACCGUGCUGCCCCUGGCGGCCUACUGUUUCAGGAGCUGGAGGCUCCUCCUGGUUGUCCUCGCCAUCCCUGGCUUCCUCUACAUCCCUCUCUGGUGGUACAUUCCAGAGUCUCCUCGCUGGCUAUUGACCCAGGGCAGACUGAAGGAGGCGGAGUCUAUCAUCAAAGCUGCUGCCAAGAUGAAUGGUCUUACGGCUCCUGAUGUCAUCUUCACCGAAGAUGUCACUGCUGAACUCAUGGAAAACAGAGCCAAGGAGAGCCCACGCCUGUACACCUGGUUGGACCUGGUCAGAACCAGGAACAUACGCAACCUCACCAUCAUUAACAUCCUCAUCUGGAUCAUCAUCUCCAUGACAUAUUAUGGGAUGUCCCUGAACACGCCCAAUAUGGACGGAGAUCCCUACUUCAACUGCUUGGUUGCGGCGGCCACAGAGUUCCUGGCUUACGGCAGCGUCUGGUUCUUGAUCCGCUACACCCCCCGACGCUUCACCCUCCCCUUCACCCUGCUGCUGUCUGGAGGCCUGCUGCUCUUCAUCAAGCUCAUACCUGAUGAACUGAGCGGCCUGACCCUAACCCUGGUGAUGGUGGGGAAGACGGGUGUGACGGGGGCGUUUUGCUUCCUGUACCUGUACAUGAUGGAGCUCUUCCCCACCGUGGUGAGAAACAUGGCCCUGGGAGUCAUCUCCAUGGCAUCACAUGUGGGCAGCACCGUCUCCCCAUACAUCGCCUUCAUGGGUACAUACAACAAGUUCCUACCUUUUAUCUUGAUGGGUGGAGCCACGGUCAUGAUUGGGUUGUUGAGCUUGUGGCUACCUGAAACCAAAGGUGAAGAACUUCCAGAAUUCAUCCAUCAGGUGAAACCGCUUCAAAGGGUGUGUUUAAGGCAACAGGGUAAAGAAAGUACACAUGACCGGAAGAAGGGGACAACCUCUGUGGAGAUCUGAAGACUCCGAACCCUGAUCCCUGACUAUAAGUCGUGUCAGAUUACUUUUACUGUGAAAAGACCAGUCUGUGAGCAGGAGGAACAGGGUUGGUGGAUAAUGGAUUUCUUAGCUGGUCACAGAUAUGAAAACCGCAGAGCUCUGACGAGGUUCUGAAGUGGUCUGGUGAAAAGCAGUCCUUCAACUGACUAAGGUACAACCUACAGUAUUCGAAAAGGAAUUUACCAACGUGUUGUUUCCCUUGCAUUUGUACACACCAGACGCUUAUUUGUAGGUGUUAAGAACCGGUCCUUAUGGUUGCUACAAAAAUACACAGAUUUAUUCAGAGACGGAAGCUAAAAUAAAAUCUACUAGGAAUAGUUUUCCUGCUUAGACCUCCUUGUUUGGUACAGUUUUGAUUGAAAUACCUUAUGAAGUCUCGCUAUGCAUUGAGAGAUCUUUAAUGUAUGUGAUGUUACAGUUGUGUAUGACAUGUUUCCUAGUGUAUUCGUUUUCAAAUUGUGUACAAUAAAGGCAUUC